GGGGCGGGGCGGGAGGCCGAGGGGUCGGGCUAGCAGGCGGGACGCUUCCCAAGUCGGCAGUCUCAGCGCGCUUGCGCCGAGCGGCCCUGCGCGCAGUGAGGCAGUGGCGGGGGAAGGCACCCGUGGGGCCGACGGGCGGGUUGAAGGAGGGAAGCGGGCGAGCGAAGUCCCAGUGCGCGCCGCGGCAGCCCGGGCACCCUCCCCUUCCGGGCGUGAGUCGCUGUGAAAAGAGCUGAAACGAGCGGACUCGCGCCGGCAGCGAGGCGCCGCUCCCGCCGCCUCAGCCCGGCCUCCCUCGGCUCCGGCGCUCCGGUCGCGGGGCCCGGGUUCGUCGGCACACCCCGCUCCAGCCGCCCCCAGAGCCUGUCCCCAGCCCUUCGGAAGCCCCGGCGCCAGCCCGGGCCCUCGGCAGGGAGGAUGACGGAGCUGCAGUCGGCACUGCUACUGCGAAGACAGCUGGCAGAACUCAACAAAAAUCCAGUGGAAGGCUUUUCUGCAGGUUUAAUAGAUGACAAUGAUCUCUACCGAUGGGAAGUCCUUAUUAUUGGCCCUCCAGAUACACUUUAUGAAGGUGGUGUUUUUAAGGCUCAUCUUACUUUCCCAAAAGAUUAUCCCCUCCGACCACCUAAAAUGAAAUUCAUUACAGAAAUCUGGCACCCAAAUGUUGAUAAAAAUGGUGAUGUGUGCAUUUCUAUUCUUCAUGAGCCUGGGGAAGAUAAGUAUGGUUAUGAAAAGCCAGAGGAACGCUGGCUCCCUAUCCACACUGUGGAAACCAUCAUGAUUAGUGUCAUUUCUAUGCUGGCAGACCCUAAUGGAGACUCACCUGCUAACGUUGAUGCUGCGAAAGAAUGGAGGGAAGAUAGAAAUGGAGAAUUUAAAAGAAAAGUUGCCCGCUGUGUAAGAAAAAGCCAAGAGACUGCUUUUGAGUGACAUUUAUUUAGCAGCUAGUAACUUCACUUAUUUCAGGGUCUCCAAUUGAGAAACAUGGCACUGUUUUUCCUGCACUCUACCCACCUAUUGCUGGACUUCUGUUGUACAAGUUGGCAAACACUGGCUGGAACUGGGCUGCAAUAAAACAUGCCAGUUAUCAAUGCUGACAAGAGCCUAACAAGUGCCAACUUACAGAUGAUUACGCAUUUUGAAUUCUAAUGAACUGUUUUAACCUUCAGGAAGAAUUGUAAAGACCUGUACAUAGCACAACAUGAUCCGGAUAAUAUAUAUACUGUUCAUGUACAUCCACAAAUACACGUUGUACCAAAUAAUGCUUUCUUGUAGUAGAAUAAGAAUCGUGUAAAUUCUAAAAGAUUUUAGCAGGUUUUCUUUCCUAUUCAUUGUUUCUUAUCAGUUUAAAAGGAUUCCUUUAAGCAUGUCAGAUGAAAAGCAAUUAGGAUUAAAAGUUCCAUUUAAUUUCCCUUAAACCAUUGAGGCUUCAUUAAACUCUUUUCACUUACUAAACUUUUGUAUCUUCUUUGUUUUGACACACUCCCCUUUGCUUUUAUCUCUUAUCUGCCAGAAUGCUCUCAAAUGAUUUAGUUCAAAUACUGAAAUACUUAAUGAGCAAUUACUUGAUUUUUAAUGAUGACUUCGAAGGAGUCAUCACUAGGUGCUUUGUCCUUUUUGUAUUCUAGUUGCACCCACCUCUUGGAUUGGAUAUAGCAAUAACAUUUAUUGGCCGUUGUGAGCUCUUGAUCCCAGUCAUUACCCCCGAGAACUAAAAAUAGAUGGUUCUUAAUUCAACUUACUGAAAAUUUCCCCAAACAAUAGCAAAUCUGACUUUUCCCCCUUCAGUUGCCUGGUAUUAAGGUUGGAUAAAUGAAGCAUGCACAGCUACAGGCUUUCUACUUAACUUCUGGGUUUGCUAUUACAAAUGCUAUUUACUCUCAUACCCUUCUCCUUAGUCCUUCAUAUUUCUCUGCCUCUAUUCUUCUAUACUGCAGAUUUUUCUCACCUAUUGUACAAAGAAAUUGCGAUGUAUAUUUUCCUGUAAUUUGAUUUUGGAAUUCUGUCACCUUAUGUAGUGAGUUCUUCCAAAAUAUAAUUUUUUUUCAAUAA